AGUUCGGAGCGGCGGCUCUGAGUGGCGUUUCAGCGGGGCCCGGCGGGGCGAUGCUCGCCUGCCCGAGCCGGUCUCCGUGGGGCGGGCGGGGGUGUGCUCACCCAGGACGAGGGCGGCUCGGCCCCAUUCCAGAGUCCUAGCACCCGACAGGACGGCGCCUGGCAUCCCGGGAAAGGACGCCGCGUCUCCCUCCACGGUGCUCGGGUCUUUGGAGACACGUGCUGCGCAGUCCUUGAGGCACAAAAGAGGGCCACAUCCAGGGCUAAAAUCUGUUGGAUGUGUUUCUGGAGACCACGGGCAGCUGCACCAGCAACUAUGCUCCCUGCAAAGACAUUCCCAGCACAGCAAAGUGUGGAAGACACUGACAUGCCAUUUUGAGGCUGAAAACUGUCCCAUUUCUCCUGCCUGGCUUUAAUUGAUUCCUCAAGAUGUUUGCAAAAGCAACAAAGAAUUUUGUGAGAGAAACUGACAGUGGAGGUGACUUGAUCCCUGUCUCCCAUUUGAACGCCUCAGAGAAGCUACAGCUUUUGAGCUUAGUUACGAAGAGGAGGAAAUUCUGGUGCUGGCAGAAGCCCAAGUAUCAUUUCUUGACAGUCACCCUGAGUGAUGUGCUUACUGAAGACAAACCGAUAAAACCAGUGGUUGUGGAGUCUGACUUUGCAAAAUAUAUGGGGAAGUUUGAAGACUUUAUUCAAGGAAGUAUUGAAGCAUCGUUUUCAAAGAUCAGCCUGGGAGCUGGAGGGAAGGGCUAUGUGGAAAACCAGUCCUCAUUUGGAAACCUGAGGAAGCAGGAGAUUGACUUGCAGCAGCUUAUGAAAGACGUCAAGGACAGAACAAUAGAUCUAAACAGUAGUUUACUGCAACAAGUAAUAGAAAGAAAACGGGAAGUGCUGUGCAUAUUGAGAGAAAAGAUAAUAACAACUCAGAGGUGUACAAUAUUUGAACAUAUCCAGACAGAAGAAAAAGUCAGCGGUGUGAUGGGAUGCACUGCAAAAACAAUAAAGGUUUCAGUAAGUGAAAACGGAAGUAUGGUGAAGGAUUCUAGUGUGAUUCUUGAAAUUCCUCCUGCAACCACUAUUGCCUAUGGUGUAAUUGAACUGUUUAUAAAGCACAAUGGCAAGUUUGAGUUCUGUCUGCUAGAUGAACAGCAAGGAGGUUUUGAAAAAGAAAGCACAGAAGGCUCAACUUAUCCCCAUUCAGCUCUAUUCAGAGAUGCUUCAUUUCUCUAUCAGCCAGAUGCUGUUGAUAAUGAGAUGUACUCUGGGGCUAAAAACCUCAUUCCCAGUGAUGCUUCUAUAAGUGUAUUGAAACAAGAUCUGUUACAGUUGAAGACCCAGUUCCAGCCCUUUGUGAAGCUUCAAGAAGACAAGCAAAGAGCUUUAUAUAAAACCCUUUGUGAACUCUUACUCCAUGAAGAAAUGGUGACUGCCCUGGGGGAUGUGUUUGAUGAUAUCUGCACAGGAGAUGAGCCAGAUCUGGAGGAGUUAAAACUUACACAGCAAAGAGACCUCCUUGACUUCUUGCAGCUCUCAGGGUGCAGUUUACAGAGUGAGCUGUUGUUGCAGAAAUAUCAGCCUCAGGAUGAAGAACUUUUCUCAGCUGCACACCUUCUCAUCAGUGCUAUCUCCGAGCUGUCUGAUUACACUCUGGUCCUGCUGCAUGCCUGCUGUGAUCUUCAGGUUGUUCCAGCGCUGUGUUGUUUGCCUGAUGUUGCUUCAGCCGAUGGCAGUGUGGCGCUGAGCAGUCCUUUGGUGGCCACUCUCACUGACAGGAGAAGAUUUGAUGUCGUGAAAAGGCUGUUUGCUUCAUCAAACAUUAAUUUGGAAAUGACAGAAUCUUCUGUAAAAGCUGUAACUAUGAAAGAACCUCGAUUCUUCCCACUUGUUCUUUAUGUUGCGCUAUGUGGGCUUCAUGCUUUAGGUGGGAAUGUAUAGGAGCUUUACUGAGUAUCCAGUUUUUGCUCUAGUCUGUUCUUUCUUCUAUAGCUCCAUAGUGUUGGUGUGUUUGAGCUAAGCAGUAGAGCUGCUCCGUUGGGUCCUUAGGGCAGCACAGCCAGGGAUUAGGGCGGUCAGGGGGCACUCGGAACACCGGGGGUACAGGCUCUGUGCUGCCAUCAGGUGCGCCACCCCUCUGCGGUUCCAGUGGAAAAUACACAAAUAAAGGGUGAAGGAGGGGAAUUAAACAAGAGAAGUGAGGAACAGAAAUUGAGCAGAGCUGCUGUGGUAGUUGUCAGAUCCGCAGGGCAGUAGAAACCUGAUUGCUUGCAUUAAUAUGCGUGAGAGAAAACAGCAAAGUACAAACUGCUUUUUUCAAGCAAGCAGACAAGCAGGCUGUGGAAAUCCAGGGUUCUGCAAUGCAGCAAUUGUUUAGCUCCUUUAAGACUGGAUGUACAGAAUGCCUUCACUCUGGAGCAAGUGGAAUGGAGGGCUCUCAAAGAGGUACUUGAUUAGGUUGUCUUAUUGUUGUUUGGCGUUUCCUGCACAAUGCAGGAAAUAUAAAAUCGUUUUUUUCAAAAACCAAGACCACCUUAGUGAUUUAUACAUCUGUACAGCAUUUCUAUUUUCUAAUAAGUUUUUACUCACCUUAGCAAGCUUAAAUUGCAUUUGGAACUUUGAGGUAUGGCAAUGCCUUUUGGUGGGUGCACAUGAAGGGUCCCUGCUGCACACCACAAAAAUGAUCAUUUCACCCAUAGGAUAUUUUAAGUGCUUGUUUCUUUGACUAGUAGCAAAGCGUCAGUAAAGCACUCACUGCAUGCUUUGAACUAUUUUGCCUUUUUUUCCAUCAUAAUUUUUUGUAAUUGUGGGUGGAACAGAAAUGCAGCAGAGAUCACUGCAAAUGUGGGCUUGGGAAGAUGAUGUUCCAGGUAAGUGGAAUAUCAGUGCUUGCAGAUAAGACUCUGAGAUGGCUGACAAACGAGCAGGAACCUAUGUGAUCAGUAACCAGGCCCUGCAGCGUAGGUGGUGGAUAGGAGUCUGGUUGUUUCCUGCUCUAUUCCCACAUGAUCUUGAGCAAAUGGACUAAGAAGUUAUCAGAAAGUCACCGCAGUUCAGCUUUCCCUGAGGACAUGGACUUUGCAGAAAAGCACUGUGGAACCUUUCCAUACCCCAAGAGCCCAGGGUAGCUCUGCACGCACUGUGGGCAUUUCUGCGUCUCAUCUGUUAAAUGAAGCUGAUGGUGUUGCCUGAACCUUGCACUGGUGUAGAUGGAAAGAUCCUUUAGGAGGAUGGAAGCAUGUAACUGCUUCUGGAACGACGUGUGUAAAUGGGGAAAGUCUUCUUUUGCCAAUCACUACUCAAAAGUUACCUCUGUAACUAAUUCAUCAAAAAUUUCUGUUCAAUGUUAUGUCAAAAUAAGAGAACAACUUAUAACAUCAUGAA